AUGUCUCCUAUAAGACUUUCCGAAAAUAGCGUGUUAUCCUCAAACAACGAAUCAAAUGAGGCGAUAUUCCGAUCGGCGCCCAUGACGCUAGUUCAAUUUUAUGUCACAAUUGAAUUGGCAAGAGAUAUGGUUGGAGUAUUAGGGAAAUUGGGUAAUGUUCAAUUUCGAGACCUAAACUCCAAAUUGACUCCGUUUCAAAGAACAUUUAUUACUGAAUUGCGAUCAAUUGAUGGGUUGGUUUCUCAAUUGGACUUUCUUCAUUCGAUUAUGAUCAAACAAAAUACUAUCAAGAGUGAUCUUUACGUCAAUUUGCACGCCGAUAUGAAACCCUUGCCCACUUCAUCAGAGAUUGACAAUAUCAAAACCCGAUUGAGCGAGUUUUAUGAAAGAAUUAAACACCUAGAUCAGUCAUACAACAACUUAGAUCGCAAGAGGCUAAAAUUUAUUGAGAAUAGAUGUGUGUUGAAUAGUUUGAAUGAAUUCCAUAGAUCAAACUUGGUCGGAGGAGGGUACGAUGACGAACACACAGAAGACGCCGAUUAUGAUGAUAAUGCAGCACUUUUAAAUGAACAAAGAAACCAUAGCUUAGAGAUUGGGUAUGAGGCUCAUAACUUGGAUGAUAUUUCGUUCAACUCGUUAGCGGGUACAAUUGCUCGAGACAAAGUGCCAAUUUUAAGAAAUAUAUUGUGGAGAGUUUUACGUGGGAAUUUAUAUUUUCAUGAUAUUGCUCUUGAUGACGAAUUCCCUGCCACCGAGUCGUCCAUGGACCUAGUUCAUAAAAAUGUUUUCAUCAUCUUUAUUCACGGCGAUUUUUUACGAACCCGAGUACGUAAGAUUAUCCAAUCUUUAGAUGGUAUAUUAUUUGAUAAUGCCACUGGUGGAUCAGUUGCUAGAAAUGAGACAUUGACAGAAAUUAAUGGCAAAAUCGAGGAUUUAAACAAUGUGGUACAAACCACCAAGGAUCAAUUAGUGACGGAAUUGAUGAUUUUUCAGGAGUUGUACCCGGAUUAUUGUUAUAUUGUGCAACGUGAAAAGCUUAUUUACGAGACAUUGAAUAAAUUUGAUGAAGACAGCACCAGAAGAUGUUUAGUGGGAGAAGGUUGGAUACCCACUAAUGAUUUUGAUAAAAUACGAUUAGCAUUGAGAAAUCUAAUUAGACAAAAGACAAGACGGGACGGGAGUGACAGAGAUUCAAACGAGAGUGUCAACAUUUCAGAAUCUAUAGCAACUGAAACAUCAUUAUUUGCCAUUGAUGAUAGUGAUCACGAAUUGACCGGGUUUGAAAUUGAAGAUGAAGAUGAGGUGGGGUCUUUAAUUGCGGUGGUCAACGAAUUAGCAACAAACCGAACUCCACCAACAUUCCACAAGACGAAUAAGUUUACCGCUGCAUUCCAGCUGAUUAUAGAUGCCUAUGGGAUUGCUACUUACCAGGAGGUUAACCCUGGUCUUGCCACAAUUAUUACAUUUCCGUUUAUGUUUUCCAUUAUGUUUGGUGAUUUGGGACACGGGUUUAUUGUGUUUUUAAUGGCAAUAUAUUUGAUCCUAAACGAAGUGAGAUUUGGGGCUAUGCGGAAUCGUGACGAAAUAUUCGAUAUGGCUUUUACUGGAAGGUACAUUAUUUUGUUGAUGGGGGUAUUUUCCAUGUAUACCGGGUUGAUUUAUAACGAUAUUUUUUCCAAAUCAAUGGCAAUUUUCUCUUCUGGUUGGAAGUAUGUAAUUCCAGAGAAUUAUGACGCUACGAAAGGUGCCACCUUAGUUGCUGAGAAAAUUGCUGGUAAAGUUUAUCCCUUUGGAUUGGAUUGGGCUUGGCACGGAACUGAAAAUAAUCUUUUAUUCACCAAUUCCUACAAAAUGAAAUUGUCGGUGUUGAUGGGGUACACUCACAUGAACUACUCAUUGAUGUUUAGUUUAGUCAAUUACUUGUUUUUCAAGAGUCGAGUAGACAUAAUUGGUAACUUUAUUCCUGGGUUUUUGUUCAUGCAGAGUAUAUUUGGAUAUUUGGCAUUGACCAUUGUUUAUAAGUGGUCGGUUGACUGGUUUGGAAGUAAUAGACAGCCACCAGGGUUGUUGAAUAUGUUGAUCAAUAUGUUCUUGUCGCCUGGCACUAUUGAAGAGCCGUUAUAUGCUGGACAAAAGUAUAUUCAAGUGUUUUUGGUAUUAGUGGCAGCAGUUUGUGUCCCGUGGUUGUUGAUUUAUAAGCCGCUAGUGUUGAAGAAACAGAAUGAUCGAGCUAUACAAUUAGGGUAUAGUGACCUACGUUCUCAACGUCAACAUUCGUUGCAACUCCAUGAAGAAGAACAGGCCCUUGCGAUGCAUGAUCAAGGAUUGAAUCGUGAUCCCCCAGAUGAUUCGUUUGAGUUGUUACGUGGUAGUGAUGAGGAGGAGCAGGAGUUUAGAUUUCCUAAUGAUGUUGAGCCAAUGUUCCCCUCAGCUGGCGGCCAUGGUGGCGACGAUGAAGAUGGGUUUAAUUUUGGUGACAUUGUCAUUCACCAGGUGAUCCAUACUAUUGAAUUUUGCUUAAAUUGUGUAAGUCAUACUGCGUCGUAUUUAAGAUUAUGGGCUCUUUCCUUGGCACACGCACAAUUGUCAACUGUAUUGUGGUCAAUGACUAUCCAAAAUGCAUUUGGUAAAACGGGAACGGUUGGUGUAAUCAUGACAGUGGUAUUAUUUGCUAUGUGGUUCCUGUUGACGGUUUGUAUAUUGGUAUUUAUGGAGGGUACUUCGGCCAUGCUUCAUUCGUUAAGAUUGCAUUGGGUUGAAGCCAUGUCGAAAUUCUUCCAAGGUGAAGGGUAUGCCUACGAACCAUUUACAUUUAAAUCUAUAGACAUAUAA